GAGACCCUCUAAUAUUUCUGAGCUCGACAUCAGAGCAAUGGAAGUUAAUCCUACUGACUACGACUACCCUUUCGAAAACAUAGUAUUUGAAGGAGGUGGACUAAAAGGUGUGGCUUUCUGUGGAUCUAUACAGGUAUUAGAAGAAUUGGGUAUUUAUCCGAAAAUUAAAAGGUUUGCCGGUACCAGCGCUGGUGCAAUAAAAGCUGCUUUGAUUGCUGUUGGAUAUAAUUCUAAAGAAACGGAAGAUUUCCUCAGUAAAGAUAUGGCUAAACUUUUCUUUGAUGCUCGUUUUGGAAUAUUCAGUUUAUUGCCAAACUUACUAACAGAAUUCGGUUGGAAUCCAGGAAACAGAUUUUUGGAAACCCUUGGUGAAGCAUUAGCCAGUAAAACAAAUGGAAACCCGGACCUUACUUUUGCUGAGUUAUAUAAUUUAUAUGGAAAAGAAUUAUGCAUAGUUGUAACUAAUUUAAACCACCUAACAGAGGAAUAUUGCCAUGUUAAAACUACACCAAAUAUGCCAAUCAGACUUGCCGUUCGUAUGUCAAUGUCCAUUCCAGGCAUGUUCAAAGCUACAACGUACACCAUUAAUGGAGAGACAAACACUUAUGUUGAUGGAGGACUCUUGUGUAAUUAUCCUUUACAUUGUUUUGAUGGUUGGUGGUUGUCGAUGAAACCAGAAGAUGGUUAUCUGGACAGAUUACAACCGUUGGAAGCGAUCCCACAUCUGCUGGAAAGAAAACGUCGUUUUGCAUACGACCCGAAAACAAACAAAACCCUCGGUGUUACCGUGUUUUCUGAUUAUGAAUCUGGCGUUUUCCGUUAUGCAUUAGAGAAAAGGUUGGGUGUUCAUAUCGACAAGUUUCCUGACACAAAGCUUGCAAGGAAAGUGUCACAAAAGAAGAACUGUCAGGAAAAAACUCAGCACGAAUAUCACAGAGUAAUCAGAGCUGUUAAUGCUUUUCUGAAGGUUUUAAAGAAACAUAAUAUUGAUGGGGAUGAGGUGAUUGAUCGAGAAGAAUUUAUCAACGCUUUUCAAGAUGAUGAGCUAACUAAAGUCCAUGCCAACUUACUGUUUGGGGAACAUUGCAGUGCUGAGUUGGCCUUUGAUGCCAUAGAUAAGGAUGGGAAUGGCGAGAUAGAAUUUUGCGAAUUAAAAGAGUUCAUCGAAAGUUCUGGUAUUUGCCUACAACAAAGGUUUCUGGGAUAUCAGCGGCAGGAAAUUACUGGAUUUUUUUCUUUUUUUAAUGUACUUCAGGAUGCUCUUCUUCUUAAUGUCAAAAGAGUAUUUGUUGAGGCGAAAGACCUUGACAGAACUGUGGGAAUAAAUACAGGUCACGUUGGAACGAUGGAUUUUCAAUUGGAACCAGAAGACAGAGCUUAUGCUAUUGAACAAGGAAGGAGGUCAAUGCUUAGUUUCCUAAAGUAUUAUGCAACAUCGAAAAAUCUGAAGAAACGUAAGCGUAUUGAGAGUAUUUCAGAAGAGGAGUCACACACGGCAAACGUUGUCAUGUAAGUACUGGACAUUCAACAUACCAAUCCGUCCUAUGUUUGCAUUGAAAGUUAACCUGUUGAUGAAACUUGUCUCUUUGAAGCCAUAAAGACGAAAACAUGAACUCUUUAUUGUGUCAAAGACUUCCGCAAUAACGUUGAGAUUUAAGCACACUGUUUAUAUAUGUCUUCCACUAGACUAUGUAGAAAAUAAGGAGAUGUCAUGAUAUGUAGAUACGAAGCAUUGUUAUUCAUUUAUGUAUAUAUAAUAUUAAACAUAUAAACACAUUUUAUUAAACAAUUUUCGAAUGUUA